AAAAAAAAAAAAAAAUCCUUUUGCUUCUUCUAAGAACCCUUCGCAGCUACAUUCCCUCUCCUUGGCCCGAAAAGCUUUGUCUACAUCAGUAAUCAGUGAAUUGCUUUGUUGAAUUGAUUGUAACACAAAAGAAUCAAAGUAAAAAUGGGCGCACCAAAGAAAAGCGCCGCUAGGGUUUCAGUUUCAGAGGACCACGACGAACUUGUUCGUGUUCCGUUGCAAGCUAUUCUCUUAGCCGACAGUUUCACAACUAAAUUCAGACCUAUCACACUUGAACGCCCCAAGGUGCUUUUGCCACUAGUGAAUGUUCCGAUGAUAAAUUACACAUUGACAUGGCUUGAAUCAGCUGGUGUAGAAGAGGUUUUUGUUUUCUGUUGUGCUCAUUCGAAGCAGGUCAUUAACUAUUUGGAGAAAUCUGAGUGGCUUUCUCAACCUAAUUUUACUGUAACAACUAUUGAGUCACAGAAUUCUGUUAGUGCUGGAGAUGCACUGCGUGUUAUAUACGAGCGCAAUGUGAUACAAGGAGACUUUGUCCUUAUCAGCGGAGAUACUGUAAGCAACAUGUCACUUACUCAGGCACUUUUAGAACAUAAAGAAAGGAAGAAGAAAGAUAGUAAGGCUGUAAUGACCAUGGUUAUCAAACGGUCAAAAACUAAUCCAGCUAUUCAUCAGUCUCGACUUGGUACUGAUGAAAUUUUCAUGGCUAUUGAUCCUAAUACCAAGCAACUUUUGUAUUAUGAGGAUAAGGCAGACUAUUCAAAAGGCACUCUACAUCUUGAAAAUUCAUUGCUUGCUGAUAAUCCUUCCCUCUCUCUGCACCAUGACAAGCAGGAUUGUUACAUUGACAUCUGCUCGCCAGAAGUCCUUAGCUUAUUUACAGACAAUUUUGACUACCAACAUCUCCGGCGUCAUUUUGUCAAGGGACUGCUUGUUGAUGAUAUAAUGGGAUACCAAAUUUUUGUUCAUGAAAUCCGCUCGGAUUAUGCUGCAAGGAUUGAUAAUUUCCGAAGCUAUGACACUGUCAGCAAGGAUAUAAUUCAUAGAUGGACAUAUCCACUGGUACCAGAUAUUAUGAAUAUUGGCAACACAGCUACUAAGCUUGAAAGACAAGGAAUAUAUCGUGGCUCAGAAAUUUCGCAAUCACAAUCAGCUGUUAUUGGCCCGUUCACUGUUAUCGGAUCUGGCACCAAAAUUGGCAAUAACACUAAGAUUUUAAAAUCUGUUGUUGGAGAAGGAUGUAAAAUUGGGUCAAAUGUACUCAUAGAGGGGUGCUAUAUAUGGGACAAUGUCACCAUAGAAGAUGGCUGUAAACUUAGGCAUGCCAUUGUAUGUGAUGGGGUGAUUAUGAAAUCAGGAUCUGUUCUGGAACCUGGUGUUGUAUUGUCUUUUAAGGUUGUAGUUGGGCAGGGGUUUGUUGUUCCUGCUUAUUCACAUGUUUCUCUACUACAGCAGCCAAUUGAGGAAGAUAGCGAUGAAGAGCUCGAAUAUGCUGAUAGUACUAGUGCCAUCACUAGCACAGUGGAUAAGACAGAUGGAGUGAUUGCUUCCAAAGUGUUGGAUACACAUUUUAUCCCUGCUUCAGAGCUAGGUUUCGGUGGGGUUGGUUAUGUUUGGCCAAAAUGUGAAGGAGGCCAUGAAGAAGAGUGGAGGCACUCAGUGGCACCUAUUACUGAAGAUAAAAUUUUGGAGGCAGUGAAAGCUAUGGAAGAUGAACUGGAGUUGAUUCACGAUGGCAAGAACCUUCCACUUUCUGGGGAGCUGAUACCUAAUUCUAAUGAUGAUUCAGAUGACGAUGAUAAUGACGAUUCAAGAGAUGACUUUGAUAAAGAGGUUGAAGCAACUUUUCUCAGGGCUGUGCAUGAAAACAUACAAGAAAACCAUUUGACUUUAGAGGUCAAUUCUUUGAAGUUGUCAUACAAUAAGAUAGCUGCUGACUGUGCUGGAGCUUUAUUUUAUGCAAUGAUGAAGUAUGCUGUAGACAUGCCCCAUAGUUCAGCUGAUAGCUUGGUUCAAAAUGUUGAGGCUAUACUUACAAAAUGGAAAAAGGUUCUUACAUCUUAUCUGAAUGAUAUGGACGAGCAGAUUGAAGUUAUUCUAAAAUUUGAAGAAAUGUGUUUGGAAUCUGCUAAAGAGUAUGCUCCAUUGUUCACAAAGAUUUUGCAUUACAUGUAUAAUGAAGAUAUCAUAGAAGAAGAUGCUAUUUUGAGUUGGGAAGAUGAGAAGAAAGACGCAGAUGAGUCGGAUAGAGUAUUUGUUAAACAAGCCCAAAAAUUAAUUCAAUGGCUAAAAGAAGCUCCCGAAGAAGACGACGAUGAGGAUGAGUAGAAAGAAUUUUGUGAGGCUACAAAAUCUUUAUAUUUGUGCAGCUGCUAUCAUCUUUGUGGAGCAUAAGAGGGAAUUUUGUCUAACCUUUGAAUUCGAGUGUGGUUCUCUUUUCACGUGGCAUCCGUCUUCUUGAGUUUAGGUUCAAUGUAGAAACACCAGUUUUGGGUAAUGUAUUUGAUUUAAUAAUAAGGCUUAUUACAAAUAGACUUUAAUUAGUUAAUAGGAAAAAAGAAGAAAAGAAUGAGGUAUGAUUGUUUUCCACUUAGUUGUCAUGUGGAAAUUACUCACUAGUUGUUUUGAAAACUUUGAAGACUUCAGUUACAAAUCAAUAUUGUCUACAACUAUGUUAUUUAAAA